CUUCUUCUUCCCAUAAUUCCGUGCCUGUGCAGAAAGACCAAGGGAUUCAUCAACAUAAAAAUGAGUUCUUGCUUCACCAUCUCCCUCUCCCUUCUCUUCUUCUUCAUCAAUUUUGUAGGUACUGAAUCAGCACCCACGUUUCUACGACAUUACUGCCCAAACACCACCCUCUUCACUCCCAACUCCGCCUACCAAUCCAACCUCAACACCCUCCUCUCUUCCCUCGCCUCUGCUGCCGCCGAUGGCACUGAUGGCUUCGCCAAUGCUACUGUUGGCCAAAACCAUCCCGACCAGCUUUAUGGGCUCUUCCUCUGCCGUGGUGACGUCAAUACUGCCACGUGCAGUGACUGCGUGGCCACCGGAAAACAGGAUAUACUCCAAAGAUGCCCCAACCAGCGAGUCUCCGUGAUCUGGUACGAUGAGUGUAUGUUGAGGUACUCCGAUGGGUCCAUCUACUCGGUCAUGGAACAAGUGCCUUCUUUCAAGAUGUACCAUACCAGGAACAUCACCAAUCCAACCCACUUCAUGCGAGUCCUGGGAGAGACCAUGGACGACAUCGCUGCGAGGGCUUCAGUUGGCAAGUCAGGGAAGAAAGUCGCGGUCGCGGAGGCAAACUUUACGAGCUUGCAAAAGCUGUACACGCUCGCACAGUGCACACCAGACUUGAUGGUGUCCGAGUGCAACACAUGCCUCCGGGCGGCAAUCGCAGGCCUCCCGCGGGGGAAGCAAGGUGGAAGGAUGUUCACUCCGAGCUGCAGCAUGAGGUUCGAGCUGUACCCAUUCUAUAAUGCCUCAGCCAUGGCAGCCCUGGUGCCUCCGCCGUCCUACCUUCAUUCUCCUCCUGGUCCCGUGACCAGACGUAAAGGUAUAUGUUUGUUUUUGUCAUUUUUCUUCCGCUAUAACAGAAAGAUCUGUCCAUUUCUUUCGUCUUCUUUUUUUGAACUACUUAUCCUACUUUAUAGUUCGAAUAAGGGGAGUGAACCUUUUUUUAAAAAGGGAAGAAAAUAUCAUAAAGCGCCAUAAUCCUUGUAAACGAUG